UGUACCAGUGUCCCGUAGUGUUAACAGUGUUUUUUUUUACCCUUUAAAACACUGUCUUUAAAUAAAGAGAAACUGUUUCUACUUCUCCUCUCGCGCUGACGUACAAAAAAAGAAGAAAAAAAAACUUCCGGACACAAUCAGGAAGUCCGGGGACUUUAUUAUUUCCUGUGGCUUCUAGAAACAGAAAACCUGAAUGGACAGUGGACUCGACUUCUUUAAACGACACCGAAUCAUGAACCACACCGAUUAACGAGCGUCAUUAGUUCAUCGAUGUGUUUCGGGCUCGUUAUUUGCGGCUGAUAAACGCGUCCACGUCGUCGUUCGAUACCCGGAACACCUGGAUUUGCAGUUUGCGUGACAGAGGGAUGGACGUUCCUCAGAUCACUGAAGAUGAGAUGGCAGAGAUCAAAAAAGACGUGCUGACCAGACUGCGGCACUACCUCUGUGAAAAGAUCCGGGCCGAGCGCCACGUCGACUACCUGCGCUCUCGUAGGAUCCUGACACGGGAUGAUGCAGAGGAAAUCAGCUGCAGGACCACGCAAACCAAGAGGACGGCCAUGUUGUUGGACCACCUGGCCGACAACCCCCGGGGCCUGGACGCCUUGAUUGAUUCCAUUCGGGAGUUGCGCUCACAAAACUUUAUCGUCACCAGGAUCACGGACGAGGUGCAAAAGGCCAAAAACGAGAAGAUGGAGUCUCUCAGGGCAGGUGCUUCCAGUUCUGACAGCCAACUUUGCACUCCAAGCUCGACCAGCGACCCCACGGCAACAUUUUCAAACAACUCCACCAUGCUCUUCCACCCAGACGGAGAACGAAGCACUACCUCCUCAGACGUAGUCGGCUCACUCACCCUGCCGUCGAUACAGAGAUGUGGAGACUUGUCCUCUGUGGCUGUUGCUAACAUGGACGUAGCGUCCUCCACUACCUCCUCCAGCCUCCCGAGGCCGGGAGACCCCGGAGCUCCCCCGCUGCCUGAUGAGGGGAUCGUGGAGUCCCCCUCCAACAUAGACGUCGGGGGGUCGGGGUGCACCAGCAGUGGCGGGGACCCGAACUUCCAGCCACUGCGCUCGCGCUCGCUGACUCCAACGUCAAACCCCAAAAUGUUUUAACCUCACACCUCAAUUAGACAGUUCACAUGGGACCAACUGACACAGACCACAAUUACUCAACUCAACUCGUACACAAACACAUCCUUUUGGUUUUCGCUCUUGCUUGUGAUUAGGGACUUUUGUGAGAAAUGGCUGCCCAUGGAAUAUUUAACAUGUUAGCACUAAAGUGAUCAGUUUUUUGGAUAGAAAUUACAGACAUUUUGUCUCUGGGGACGGGGUCGUGUUGCCAAUUUGUAUCCUUAGUAUUGGGAUGAGGCCAAAAUAAUAGCUUAGUUUUAUACAUAUACAGUACUUUCUACUUCAAUCUUUUUAUGAGACCUAAGAAGUUAAAUGUGCAAGAACUGUUCCUAAGUAAAUACAGUUUAAAUUGGAAGACAAAUAUUUAUGUAUUGAGAAUGAGUACAUGCAUUUAAUGCAAGCUUUCAGUAAUUCUUGGUUUUCUAUUUUCAUUUAAGGCAAAAGUAGAGGUACUAUGAUCCGUGUUUGAAUACACCAUGUUUUAAAAAAAAAAAACUCUGUUAAUAGAACCUUGAGAGUAUCCAAAGGUAAAGAAGCAGAUCUACAAUUAGAAUGAGGAGUGAGUCAGUGCAAGUUUGAAUACCACACUGCAUUUUUAACUCUUUUGCAUAGAACUGCAACCAGUGAAUUAUUAAAGUAUUCCUUCAAAGAAAAGUAAUCAAUGAAAAUUCAUGCUCACCAUAACAGGACCUUUAUUUCUUUUUAUCAUGGUAUUGAAAGUGGUGUAAUAAUAUUUAUUCUUGCUUUGUUUCCAAGUUUCAAAAAAACUAAAACACAUCAAAUACGCAGUAUCAGGCAAUGCAGGUCUGAAUUUAUUAUUAAACGUCCUAUAAUAUAUUUCUCAUUGCAAGUUAGAUAGUGUGCUGUAGCUUUUUCACAAGUUUAGGGUAAAAACUUUGGUAUGUGAAGACCCAAAAUAAAACCGUAACCAAAAUGUAUUGCGGUUCAGUUCCCACCCGGACUCAUCCAUCUCCCAUUCAAGAUGUGAUUUCUUUCUGAACUCUAUAUUGUGAAGAAUCAGCUGCUAGUUUUUGUAGUGAGAGAAAAUAUGUCACAUUCACUGGAUUGACUACUUGAGCAUGUACCAUACGUCUUGUCUUAUAUGAUCUUAUACCAGAGCCGUGCAGCUCAAAGGUUUUUCUACUUGUUUCUAUGCAGCAUUAAGUUGAGAAAAGUCGUUUCGAAUUUGUUUCACUACAGAAAAUAUGAUUAAAUACACACGGUGUACUGCUUUUUACUUUGUUCAAUUGUCUUGUACAAUGUAUCUCAUACUAAAGAUUUUCUGUAUGAAUUCUA